CGUCUGCGUUAGAUAAUGGGAAGCCAGCGGAUCAUGCCGGCUAUAUCGCAGCCACUUCCGCCACCAAGUUGGAGAUUUCCACCUAAAGUUACAUACAAACUCCCCCGAUCACCAAAAAGAUGCCUGGUGCGCUGUGCGAGGCAUGCAAUAGAAACCGCGCACAGAUCCUGCGACCCAAGAACCACGCUCGUAUAUGCGCGCCAUGCUUCAUUGACAUCUUCGAGGCGGAAACCGCAGAAACAAUCCUCUCUACCAACCUCUUCCAGCGUGGCGAACGGAUCGCAAUAGGUGCGUCCGGUGGUAAGGACAGCACGGUGUUGGCAUUGGUUCUGAAGACUCUAAAUGACCGCUUUGCCUGGGAUCUCGAUCUUGUACUGCUUUCCAUCGACGAAGGCAUCACAGGCUAUCGCGACCACAGCUUGGAAGCGGUCAAGCGUAACAGUGCCGAGCUUGACUUGCCGCUCAAGAUCGUCAGCUAUGAAGAGCUAUACGGUUGGUCCAUGGACCAAGUAGUCUCGCAGAUAGGUAAGAAAGGCAACUGCACCUACUGUGGCGUCUUCCGGCGUCAAGCACUCGAUCGUGGUGCGGCGAUGCUUGGAGUCGGACACGUCGUUACAGGUCAUAAUGCAGACGAUGUUGCGGAAACUGUCCUCAUGAACUUGCUACGUGGUGAUCUGCCGCGGCUGAGCAGGGCAACUAGUAUCGAGACCAGCACACCUUCUGCCGCUAUGCCAAAACAACGCCUGAAUGGAGCUUCGUUUACGAACGUGAAGCGUAGCAAGCCGCUCAUGUAUGCUUACGAGAAAGAAAUCGUGCUGUAUGCUCAUCACAAGAAGCUUGACUAUUUCAGCACAGAGUGCAUAUACAGUCCCGAAGCAUUUCGUGGCUCCGCUCGUACUCUGAUUAAAAACCUCGAGCGUAUCCGACCUGAGAGCAUACUUGACAUUGUCCGGUCCGGAGCAGAUAUGGCUAAGCUCGUUCCAGUCGAUGAUGGACACUGCGGUGGUGCUUGUGGAGGUCAGUCCUCGAGUGAUUUAGCGCAGCAUGAGGAUGAUGCGCAGCGCGGGUGUGGGAACAGUAAUGGUGCUGAUGCUUCCGGCGAGAUGGCGAGGAUGGAGAAGCAGCUGCGAGAGAACGAGCAAGCUGAGGUGGACGGGACGGAGAUUGAGAUUGUUCCGUCCGUCAAGCACCACGAUAGACAUACAUCCCAUCCGGCUGCUGCUCUGCCAUCGAAAGCUUUGUCCGUGCCGAUUCGCACCAAGCAAGAAAAGCGCUCCACCCGCAAACCCACACGUGACGCUGCUGCACCCAAGCAGCGCUUGGGCCAGUGCGAGAGGUGCGGGUACCUCUCGUCCCAAGCCAUCUGCAAAGCUUGCGUCUUGCUUGAAGGGCUCAACAAAGCCCGACCGAGGACAGGCAUUGAGGUCAACGGUAACUGCGACGGGCCUGGCGCAGGCUGA